AUGGGAAGGAGUAUUUUGGAGAGAAAAAAAAAUCAGAAAAAUUUUCUCCCUGCCGUUGCUCGUAUGGUUCGAUUCUGGAACAUUCCAUUACUCACGACGGGUGCAUUAACGUUUGAUUUUGCACAAAAUAAAACAUCCUGUAAAAAUGAUUUUCAUUUACUCGUCAGAACGGGAGUCGUUGAUUUUCAAGAAAUCUCUAAUUUCAUACUUAAAAUAUUACACAGGUACGUUUCAGUUUGUUUCCAUUCACUUCCGGUUGUCUUUUUGCCACCAAAAGAAUAG